ACAUUAGUUCCUACAAAUGAUCGGAUCUAUACUGUGUAAGUCACUGUUGCAGCAACAGCUCUAAAAAUAGCACGAACCUAGCCAAAGGCGUGUUGCAUGUUUUUCUAAAACCAGUCAGGUCCGAGCGUUGCGGCUUGGCCCCAGCAGGUAUGAUAUCAAAGCCAAGAAGUGUUUUGAUUCUGGCGGCCAGCUGGUGAUGCCGGGAGACGGCAAGGUCGUCUGGGUUACGGAUUGAAUGCAGCAGUUUGUGGCGCUGCCUUCACCGUUUAUUUGUUUGUUGUCAGGCGGGUCCAUCUGGCGGGCGACAGGAGGAUCGCUCAUGUAGAAACGCAAUGUUUUCCCCUUUUUUUAAAUUAGUUGUAACGCUCGCCUUUAUCUGCUGUGCUACGUCCCCCUUGAGCCAUUUCAUGACACACUUUCCUGCCGUGUUCAGUCCGGAUGAGAGGAAAUGUUUGCAGAAAUGCUACAACUAAGGCAGGUUGCUACAAGGAAAACAAACUUUUUUUUCCCCUCCCUCCUUAUGUCGAGCUGUGUUUUAAAUUAUUUUGUUGUCACAUUUUACUCAGACACGCAUAAGUAUGUGUGUGUGUGUGUGUGUGUGUAUCGCUGUGUUUAUGAGCGGUGCUGCCCACCCACGGAGCUCAUCAGCUCUCACCGGAGUGCGUGGAACUCAAGCCCCCGGCCCGGCCGUCGAAGAAUAACCGUCGUUAAAUAUUCAUCCUCGGUUCCCAGUGCCACACGUCUCCUCCCCGCAGCCCGACCCCUGCUGAUUUGAGCUCAUGCCAGAGGAGCCGAAAAGGAAUUGGGACCGUGUUGGCAAUUAGGAUUAAGAAAAUAUAAAAGGAACUUUUUUUUUCUUAAUUCUCCUUUUAACCUAUUGUCUAAGAGGAUGGAGAAACGUGACUACGGAGCAACGGUGACGUCAAGACUUCCAGAGAAGAUACCUGUGAUCAGACACGCUGUGUUUGAAGAUUUCAGACCCCGACCACAACAAAGGCAGGUCUUCUUUAUGACCAGAAGGGAGGAGCCAAUAAUGGAGAACUGUCCAGGUGAAUGAAAUUGUCAACAUUGUCUUAAGAACUUAGCUUUGGCUACGCAUCUCUUGGAAAACGACUGAACCACUGAGGGGGAGUCUUCAUGGGGAUCAGAUCUGAACAGUGUGGAACUGCUAAGGACGGGUGGAUUCCUUCCUCAAACCAGUGGUGAAGAAUCAUAAAGUCACAUCAAAAACAAUAAUAUUUUUAAGGUCAACAGCAUUGAACUUUGUACUGGGAGCAUGGUGUGCUUCUAGCAAGUGGUCAAAAUGCCUGGUAAGAAAGAUACUAAAAAGGACACCAAGAAAGGUGGAAAACCUGAACCAGAGAAAAAAAAAGAGGAUGAGAAGAAGGCAAAAGAUGACAAAAAGGGAGCAAAAGAUGACAAAAAGGGGGGAAAGGAUGACAAGAAGAGUGGAAAAGAUGAUAAGAAAGGAGGAAAGAAGGGAAAAGAGGAGCCAUCUAAAGGCAAAGAUGAGGGGAAAAAAGGAAAAGACAAAGGAAAAGGUAAAAAAGUAGAGUCUGAAGAGGAAGAGGAGGAGCUACUGAGUGAUGAAGAGGAGGAAGAGUUCAGUGAAGAAGAAGAUUGGGAGGAUUCAGAGGACAACAAAAAGAGAAAAGGGCAAGGGGGUAAAGCCAAGAAGGGUGGGAAGUCUAGACGUGGUGACGACUCUGAAGAAGAUGAUGAAGACUAUGACGAUUCAGAUGAUGAUGAUGAGGAAGUGGCUCACGGUAAAUCUAAAAAAAAAUCUAAAGAUGAUCAUCACCAUAAAGGAGGAAAAUCAGAUGCAGAUGUGAAGAAGAAAAAGGGAAAGAAGAAGGAGGAACCACUGGUUCCUGUUAAAGAAGUCCCAAAGAAAGGUCUGAAGAACAUGUCAAAAAUGUUCAUGAAGUUUUCUGGCAUCAAAAGACGCAAGAACAGUGUAAAGAAACUGAAAAGCACAUCACGUUUAUUCCUUGGCUUGGGAAGGAGGAAGAGCCGGCUUGCUAAGAAAAAACGCCGAAAGUCUAUGAUGAAAAAUACCUCACGGUUUAUGAUGAAAUUUAAAAGUAGCCAAAAGAAGAAAAAGGAGAAGGAGGCCAAAGAAAAGGCAGCAGCCCAUGGAGGAAAAAAGCCAACAUACAUGUUACUUCGUCUUGGGGGAGGGAAUUCAAAUAAAAAGAAAGGGGGAUUCUUCAGAAGUCUCUUUAAAAAGCAGGAUGGCACAAGUGAUGACUUCAAGAACAGUAGUGCCUUACUAGGCAAGGUUGCUGCAGCAACUAAUUGGCUUACCAAACGGUUUCUGUCAAAAAAAAUGCAAGAAAAUUCCAGGCAUCAUGGCUUAGAUGGCCAUAGAGGAAAAACACGACAAUCCAGCUCCAGACGGUUUCUGCAUGGUUACCAAAACAAUGGUUAUACGUUUGGGGAGGAAGAUGAUGGAUAUGACCAGCACUAUGUAGUUGACCAGAGAGGUUACAGGUAUGAAGAUGGCUAUGAUGAUUAUGGAGUUGAGUCAGCACCAGGUUAUGCAAGAUAUGGUCAGUAUGGAUACUACGAGAAUGAGAUGGAAGGGGCAGACUAUCAAGACCUGGGUUACUAUGAGGAAGACGGACUCUAUGAUACAAAUGUUGAAUAUUAUGAUGAUGGAUUUAAUGAUUACAAUAACCUUUACUCCUCUGCCCAAGGGUAUUAUGACACUGAGGAAGCUGAUUAUUAUGGGUACCAACAACAACAGGCAAUGUAUAAUGAUGAAGUCCUGGAUUACUAUCCUCAAAUGCAUAUGGGUGGUAUGUAUGGAGGGGACAUAGGAGGAUUUCUUGAUCCUCAGACUCAGUUUUAUUAUGAUGAAAAUGAUCAGGGAGCUUACUAUGCAAAUAGACAAUUGGGUUACUCCAACAUUGGGCCUCAAGGUUAUUAUGGGGAUCCUGUUGUAACAAUGGAAAUGCAAGGAGGAUUUCAGCCAGACUUUCAGGUUGGAUAUAGCAAGCCCGGAAUAUACCAAGACUUGAGCUCCCAACAGACUGCAUUCCCACAUGGAGCCCAACAGGUCUUUGAACUUGGAGUACCAGGUAUGGGUAAAGUAGACAGCCUGAAUGGGAACCAAUAUGUAGGUCAUAUGAAUCAAAUUGGGGAUGAUUUGGGAGGAAUUCAGCAAGGGGACAUAACAUUUAGAGUUCCUAGACCGCAAGUGCGCCUGUUUGGAAAAGAGCGAUUAGAUGUUCCUCUGCCUCCUCCACCUACUUUGCCUCCCGAUCCUGAGUUUGAAGACAUGUCAGAUAUCCAGUAUGAAGACCAGGUUCCUCUUAUGCCAUAUCAACUCGAAGACAUGUCAUUUCAACAGCAAAUCCCAGUACCAGAACCACAACUGCCCAUGUUUCCUUUUCAACAGCAACAACUAUUGUCACCACAACAGAUACUAUCCCCACAGCAGCCAAUGAUGUUUCAGCAAGAAAAUAUGUUGCCCCAAAUGAUGCCCACACAGAUGUCAUCACAACAGCAGUUGAUGCCCCAGCAAAUAAUGCUUCCCCAGCAGCAGAUGAUGUCAGAGCAGUUGUUCCAACAACAACCAAUAUCUCCACAACUAAUUUCACCACAGAUGAUGGCAGACCCAAUGAUGAUACCACAGAGGCAGGGUUACAGCCUCCCAACCAUCCCAACACCAACAGCCAUGAUCAUUAAAGAAGCGACCAUGUCUCCUCUCCCUACACGGCGCAUGCAAUCUUCUCCGACUCCAUCUCGUCGCUCUGUCAUUAUACCCUCUCCACAAAUGCAAAGGCAUCCUUCAGCCAUGGGUUCACCAGUCCCCACCCCUAUGGCUGUAAGAAGGCAGAUCCCCUCCCCACAACCUUCCAUGAGGGGUGGGCUCAUUAAUGCUCAAAGACCUUCAUCUGUUUUGUCUAGACAGAUUUCACAACCUGCUUCUCCUAUGGUGUCCCCAGUUCUUCAUCGUAGAGGGCAGCCUCCGAAGUCACUUUCUCCUUUGGCCAGAGCAUCCUCACCCCCUUAUUCUCCCCGUGCCUCCGUAAUUCGUCGUAGUCCUCCAUCCUUGGAGAGAGGGUCAAUGAGGCAGCAUUCGCCCCUUUCAUCACCCCACAUUUCCAGGAGGAUGCAAAGUCCCCAGCCAUCACCCACUUCUGCUCGAAGUCCGGUGGGAGGCAGAAAGAUACAUGAUCCACCCUCCCUUUACCCUGGUCAUGCAUCGCCACCUCUCUCUCCUCAACUAAGUCGAAGGCCUUCACCCUCUCCUUCUCACCGAAGUUUGUCUCCUGCAGGGCCUCGGCCAGCUCCAUCCUCCCCUACUCUUUCUCGUCGUUCAACUCGACUGCUCAGGGAUCCCACGCCAUUGGCCAGACCUAGGGCAUUUGGAAAUGUUCCUUUAGGUACUGUCAGGCCCUCACCCAUGGGUCUUAGAGGGCGUCCAGUGCCCCCACCCACACAAAAUGUGAGCCCAUUUCGUGCUUCUUCUGUGAGAAGUAAUAGAUCUUCUGUACUUACCAUAGACUCCUCCCUUCACUCUUCUCCUUUCCAUUCCCCUCUUAUGGUCCACCGAACACCCCUGGGGAGAAAAGAAUCUGUCCAUCCUCCUCUUCGCCCCAUUGCUCGAGGGCGUCCCCUUAGGGCCCGGCAGUCAAUUAGAAGCAUGCCUCCCCCUUCCCCGCAACCCUCCCUUAAAUACAUGUCACGCAGUCCAUCUCCACGUCUUUCUCCUCGACUAAAUCAUCAGUCUGUUGUGUCAGAUCCCUAUGCUGAUCCUUAUGCUGAGCCAUCACCACAAUUUGUUGACCCAUCUUCUCCCAUGUUAUCCAGGUCUUUGCAGAACCAAUAUCUUAGAUUACAUUCACCUUCAACCCUUAGACCACAAGCACCCCAAAUGGUGGGUAUGGGUCAGAUGGCUCCAGAAUUAGUAGAAUUCCAAGGUCCUUCAAUGGAAAGGCCGAUGUCUGUUUAUGAGCAGCCUUUGCUCCCUUCAUCAAUGCUCUCUGGAGCUCUGCAAAACCAGGCAGUGAGAGGAGCAUCCUAUGUUUCUCCACUUCAGAGACCUCAGUCUCCAUAUGCUCCAUCUGUACCUUCGUCUCCAUUGCUUUCUGGAGCCAUGAAACAUAGUCAGGCAAUGAAAGGCAUGACCUCUUAUCAAACUCCACAGUUACAAUCACCAUAUGGACCAACUGUUGUUAUGCCAUAUGAUUACAUCUCUGAGCCUGGCCCAACACCAUUACUUCAAGAUGCACUGCAAAACCAAACUGGUUUUCCCCCGCAUCCUUAUACAGAGGUAUCACAACAACUUGUUGCUCCCUCAUCUCCUAUGUUGUCCCGUUCUUUGCAAAACCAGGCUAUUCAACCGGAUGCUUUUUCAGCACUUGCACCAGAAGCUGUCCAAAUGGUAGGCAUGGGUUUGAUGGCACCAGAAUUACUAGAACCUCAUGAUUCUACAUUGCAGAGACCGACAUCACCUUAUCAGCAGCCUUUGCUCCCUCCUGCACAAAUGCUCUCUGGAGCUCUGCAAAACCAAGCCAUAAGAGAAGCAUCUUAUGUUUCUCCAAUUCAGAGACCCCAGUCUCCAUAUACCCCCUCUGUACCCUCAUCUCCACUGCUCUCUGGAGCCAUGAGACAUAGUCAGGCAAUGAAAGGCAUGACCUCUUAUCAAACUCCACAGUUACAAUCUCCAUAUGGACCAACUGUUGGUACGCCAUAUGAUUACAUCUCUGAACCUAGCACAGUACCUUUGCUUCAAGAUGCACUGCAAAACCAAACUGGUUUGCGUAAUGUGUCUAAUUUAAAAUCUCCCAUAAUGCAACAACGGAAUCCUUAUGCCCCAGCUGGGCCUCAGCUCCAGAGUGCUCUGCAACAAAACCCAAAUCUCCGCCAGGCUUCCUUUCAGACACCUAUGCAACUCAGACGGUCCUCAGUUGUAACUCAAUCACCCUCUUCACCAAUGUUGGGAAGAGCUCUGCAGAACCCACAGUUGAUGCAGGCAUCAUACCAGCUGCCAGGAAGAACCUUUAUGAGCCCGUAUGCAGAUCCCCGUUCUUCACCAUUGCUUGGCCGUGCAUUGCAAAACCAACAAGUCCGGAGUGCCUCAUAUAUAAUGCCCGAUGGAUCAGUUAUCAGGGACCCUCGUCUACUUCAGAAGCCAAUGUCACCUAACCUUUCUGGAGCUCUUCAAAACCAGCAUCUAAGGAUGGCUUCAUAUACUCUUCCCGAUGGCACCAUUAUAGAUUCUAGACAGAAACAUCCUAUUUCCCCAAACCUCAGUAGGGCUUUGAACAACCCAGCCAUACGUGAAGCUUCCUACUCUCUUCCUGAUGGUACCAUUGUGAUAGACUCCAAAACAGAAAAGACACCCAACCUUACAGCAGCACUUCAGAACCCUUACUUGAAGAGUGCUUCGUACACCCUCCCAGAUGGCACUAUCAUCAUUGAUCCACGGAAACCUACCUCUCCAAACCUGUCUAAUGCUCUUCAACACUCAUCACUGCGGAAUGCCUCAUUUACUCUACCGCAGGGGGUUAGAGACCCAAAUACUCCAGUGUCACCAAAUCUGGCAAAGGCUCUUGCUAACCAAGCCUUGAAAGCUGCUUCAUACACCCUUCCAGAUGGAACUAUUAUUGUGGACCCAAGGAAGCCAAAGAGUCCAAACCUGACAGCAGCCCUGCAAAAUCCAUAUCUAAAAGGGGUAUCCUACGCACUGCCUGAUGGAACCAUCAUCAUUGACCCAAGAAAACCAGCUGGCCCUAAUCUUUCCAAAGCUCUUCUGAACCAGGAUCUUCGAAGUGCGACUUACCGGCUCCCUGAUGGUUCUUUAGUUAUGCCUGGCCAGAAGCCAUCCACUCCAAACCUGGCAGCUGCUCUUAGGCAGAAUCAGGGACUUCGCUCUGCUGGUCUCUACCAUCUCUCUGAUACCUCAGUCCUGUCAGGUGCACCCAAACCCACCAGCCCCAACUUGACCUCUGCACUGCAGAACGAAGAGCUGCGUGGUAUCACUUACAGGCUUCCAGAUGGCUCUCUUCUCACACGCCAGUUCCGCAACCCAAAACUGUCCGACGCCAUCCAAAAUCAGCAGCUUCGUUAUGCUUCGUACACUGUGCCAACAGAGCUUCAGGGGGAGGACCAUCGCUAUGCUGUGAUACCCCCGUAUGGACCACGAUCUGGUCACUGGGCCAGGAACGCCAGAGGUGGAGGAGAAGGUGGGGAAAAUGUUUGGGCAGCUGAAAGGGUUCUGCCGCAUGGGACGGUUCAGAAUUUGUCCAAGUGGUCCAUGUACAAAGAAGAUGGAAUGUUGGAAGCAUAUUCACCAAGCCCCCAGGUUCCAGAAAAACAGCUCCAGAACCUGGACUGGACUCCUGGAAGAGCUAGAGUACCAGGUCAAAGCUGGUAUGACAAGAUUUUUUCUAUAAUAAGCAUGCCCACAACAAACCACAGAGUUGUACGCUGGGCAGAGGGAAUGGAAGACAUGACUCAGCUCCCUGAGCUGAAUGAGACCACUGUUCUAAUGAACCUGAAGAAACGUUUUGACCAUGAACUUACAUAUACUUACAUAGGGAACAUUCUUGUGUCUGUGAAUCCAUACAAGUUGCUCAACAUCUACGGCACAGACAUGGUGCACAAGUAUGAAGGCCACGGUCUGAGUGACAACCCACCUCAUCUCUUUGCCAUUGCUAAUCUCUCAUAUACAAGCAUGAUGGAUGCCAAAAAGGACCAAUGCAUUGUGAUCAGUGGAGAAAGUGGGUCAGGAAAGACUGAGGCCACUAAGCUGAUCUUGCGUUACCUGACAGCCAUAAAUUACAAACGCAACGUCGCUCAACAGAUUGAGAUCCUUGAAGCUACACCCCUGCUGGAGUCUUUUGGAAAUGCCAAAACAGUUCGCAAUGACAACUCCUCACGCUUUGGAAAAUACACACAAAUCUACAUGGAGGAGGGUGUAAUCAGUGGUGCCAUAACGUCUCAGUAUCUGCUGGAGAAGUCCCGCAUUGUCUUUCAGGCCAAAUCAGAGAGGAACUACCAUAUCUUCUAUGAGAUGCUGGCAGGUCUUUCCCCUCAUGAGAAGUGUUCAUUGUAUCUGCAGGAGGCUGAGACGUACUACUAUCUGAAUCAGGGAGGAAACUGUGCAAUAGAGGGUAAGGAUGAUGGGGAGGAUUUCAGGCGUUUGCUGAAUGCCAUGGACAUCCUGUGCUUCACCCCAGAAGAGCAAAAUGGUAUCUACAGACUUCUGUCCUCGGUGCUUCAUCUGGGGAAUGUCUACUUCCAGUCACAUCAGGUUGAGGGCCAGGAGGCUGCGGCGGUGGUGAGUGCACAGGAGAUCAGAGUGGUAGCCGUGCUGCUGCAGGUUUCACCAGAGAGUCUGCAGAAAGCUGUCACUUAUAAAAUGACUGAUACAGGGAGGGAAAAGAUCUACACUCCAUUGACAGUGGAUAGCGCUUUAGAUGCCAGAGAUGCUGUUGCCAAGAUCCUGUACACGCUGCUCUUUAGUUGGCUGACAGAGCGUAUUAACGGACGGGUCUACCCUCGCACUGAAGCCCUCUCCAUCUCUGUACUGGACAUCUACGGAUUUGAGGAGCUACAGGUGAACAGUUUUGAGCAGCUGUGCAUCAACUACGCAAAUGAAACUUUGCAAUUCUACUUCAACAGGGUCGUCUUCCAGGAGGAGCAGGAGGAAUACAUGCGGGAGCAGAUCCAGUGGCAGCCACAGCCCUUCAGCAAUAACCAGGCAUGUCUUGACCUCAUUGCUGCAAAGCCUCAUGGGAUCCUACGCAUAUUGGACGACCAGUGCGGCUUCCCCCAGGCAACAGACCAUACCUUCCUUCAGAAGUGCCACUAUCACCAUGGUAAUGAUCCACUGUAUGCCAGGCCCAAGAUGCCAUUGCCAGAGUUUACCCUGAAACACUAUGCAGGGAAAGUCACCUACCAGGUUCAUAAAUUCCUGGACAAAAACUUCGACUUGGUGAGGCAGGAUGUUUUAGACCUCUUCAUUCAAAGCAGGAACAGAAUGGUAUCCAGCCUUUUCUUGAAGCAUUCUGAGUCUUUGACGCAGCAGCACUCCAAUUUGCGUCGCAACAGUGCAGCCCGACGUCAUCAGACCAACACAGUUAGCGCAAAGUUCCAGAGCAGCCUGCAGGAACUGCUGGACAAGAUGGAAAGGUGUAACCCUUAUUUUGUACGAUGCAUCAAGCCGAACCGUCAUAAGAAGCCAGGAAUGUUUGACAUGGAUAUGGUCAACACGCAGCUGCUUUACUGUGGCAUAAUGGAGACAAUACGUAUAAGGAAGGAAGGCUAUCCAGCAAGACUGCCCUUUCACAGCUUCCUGUCAAGGUAUAAAGCUCUGCUCUGUCUGAAGGAUCCUCUGCCAGCAGAUGGAGAAAAUUGUGUUAUCAUGCUUCACAAACUCUGUCCGGUCAAGGAAGGCUCAUAUCAGGUGGGGGUCAGCAAGAUUUUCCUGAAAGAGGAGCUUUAUCAGCUGCUGGAAGGGAAGCGUGACCGUGUGUUGGACAUAGCUGCCAUGGUGCUGCAGAGAUACACUCGCAUGUGUUUUGCUCGGCAGAAAUUUCUCAAAUUCAGGCGAGGAAUAACCCGCUUUGAAGCCCGUUGCAGAGGGUACCUGGUCAGAAAAAAAAUUGCUCUGAGGAGGAAAUAUCUCAUCAGGCUACGUUCUGCAGUUUUGCUAAUUGUAAACCGUCAGCGCUACAUGAGGACAGUGGUGGAGCCUGCAAGGAAGGCGGAGGAAGAUCGGAUCAACCGUGAAGUGGUGAAUGUGACGACAUUACCUAUCCCUGCAGAGCUGGCUGGCCUGCUGCAGGCUGCUUCAGGGGGUGAGGAGCUGCAUUCUGACUGCUUGGCAGUGGUCCAGGCUCCAAAGGUUCAGGUGGACCCUCAGCUGACCCUGCCCCUCGAUAUCAAUAACUACCUCAUAACACACUACAUCCGGAUCAUGUUCAGGGAGCCUCUGUUUGGAAUGCUCACGGCUCCACUAGAGAACUCCCUGAUUCGUCUGGAUCAGGAGCUUAAGCAGGGAUCUCUCAACAGCUUCAUUCUGAUCCUGCGGUUCAUGGGUGAUCCGAACCUGAAUGGAGCUCAAGAAAACAUGUUUGGGAACUACAUCAUCCAAAGGGGCCUGUCCAACCCCAGCCUCAGAGACGAGAUCCUGGCUCAGAUAGCCAACCAGGUGUGGAGGAAUCCUAACGUGCUGAACUCAGAGCGGGGCUGGCUUCUUUUCUCCUCCUGUCUGUCCGCCUUCCUGCCCUCGCAAAGACUGGCUAAAUACCUCCUCAAGUUUGUGUCAGACUAUGGCCCAGACGGCUACGACUGUGUGUGUCAGAACCGUCUGCUCCAGGCUCUGCAGCGCCUCAGCGUGGGGCCUGAGUACGUCCGGACGUACCCACCCUCCCUGCUGGAGUGGACCGCCAACCGCAAGAAAGCUCACACUGUUCUACAUGUACACUGCUUCGACGGCAUGUCCUUCUUAUGUCCGCUGCAUUCCUGGACGACAGGAGAGGAAAUGGCUAAAAACAUUUUACAACACAGGGGUGUGGUGGACGGCCGUCAAGGCUGGUCGGUACUGCUGAAGGAGCCGGCUCAGUGGGUUGAACUUGAAGGCUCAGACUAUGUUCUGGACUUGAUGUCAGACCUGGAGCUUCCUGCUGACUUCCCCAAACACAACAGCUACUUCAUCAUCUCUGCUCUGGAGCCGGCCAGAGUUCGGCCCAAUGCCAGCAUAAGCCUGUUGGGGGGUGGCUUUGACAUCAGCGAUGACGUCAGUCCUUCAGCCAUAUAUGACUCUGAUCGGUUCAACCAAGAUUUAGAGCCUCAGAGAGGGAUGGAUCGUUAUCUCGACAGCCUGUUUGACCCUGUACUGUCGGAUGGAGCUGGAGAAGAAGAGUUGACUGCAGGCCUGUCACACAGGAUGAAGGGGGCCGGGGGCGUCGGUGGGAAGUGGCAACAGCCGGGGCAGUCAUCUGGCCACCCACCUCCACCUGGAGCUGUGAGAGUCCUUCCUGUGGGAGGCAUGAUGUCGCCUCCUGUCGCUGCUGUGGCACCUGUAACACCUGAAGACCAGCAAGCUGUUUUGGCCGAGCAGCAGCAGGCGAUUGUGAACCAGCAGGCCGUCAUCAUGGCGCAGCAGAUGACCAUGCAAGCCAUGGCAAUGGUCAGCAGUCCUGUGUCGAGUCCCCUAACCUCCCCCAUCACCAGCCCUCCAAUGAGUCCCGUACCCCAUCAUGCCCUCACCAGCCCAUACGCUGUCAUACCUCCAAGUCCAUAUGCGAACAUCCCGCCGAGCCCUUAUGCUAACUUCACUCCGACUCCCUACGCAGCAGCCGUGUUUCCCCCCAGCCCUUAUUUUCCUUCUGCUCAGCGGGAUCACACUGAAUCACAGCCAAACGCUCAGCGCCCUGCUGAUCCCCCGACUGAGCCUCGGGCCCAGCGGCACAGUCGGCCCGCCUACCGUGACCCUCAUCUCAGCUCCUCCAAAGCUGAGCCAGCACAACCAACAUUUAAACCUGCUGUACAGACUCACUCAGGCGUAGACGGUGUUUCUGGAAGAAAAGCUCCAGGCGUCCUGGCUAACAAGGAACCGGCCAGGAAAUUUGCCCCAGUGGGGACGUCUCCUCCACCCCCUGCUGGAGAAGUGGUGAAGUAUUCAUCUCAGACUGCAGAUCACAUCGUCCCCAGCCAAGACAUUCAAGCAAUUAUCAGAGGAUAUAACUCCCCAUCUCCACCAGCAGAACCACAACCAGCUGGCAAAAGGAGACCAGAUGGGAAGUUCAAGAAGAAGCAGACGCCUCGUGAUGAAGCUUUACAGAUCCUCAAACCCCAGAUGGACAAUCCUCCUGCUCCACAGCCCAAACAUCCUGUUGGCCCAACACACUCUGCGUCUGCGAUAAAGCAGUCGGGCCUCAAAGUCAACAGAGGCACAAAGAUGAGAGCUCCGGAUCGGCCGCUUCCUAAACCUCCUCCAGGUGAGCACAGCUGCUAAAAACUGGUCUCAUUCACACGGAGUAGAGGUUUAGACAUUUUGAAGGCUUUUCUUUAUUUGUCUGUCUCACAAAAAUGGAUUUGUUUGUAAUGUCAAUUGAAAGUAAUGCUUGGAAAAAAAUCUUUAAGCAGUUUGUA